GAAAUAAAAGCAUAUCAAUGACGGAAGAAAAAAAAUGGAGGCGGCAGUGUUCAUUCUGUCACUGGUGGACUGCUGUGCACUGAUUUUCCUCUCGGUGUACUUUAUCAUCACCCUGUCUGAUCUAGAAUGUGACUACAUCAACGCCAGAGCCUGCUGCUCCAAGCUGAACAAAUGGGUAAUUCCAGAGAUGGUGGGCCAGUGUCUCUCCACCAUGCUGAUGCUGGUCUCCAUGCACUGGUUCGUCUUCCUGCUCAACCUGCCUGUAGCAGCCUGGAACAUUUAUAGGUACGUGAAGGUUCCCAUGGGAAACAUGGGCGUGUUUGACCCCACUGAGAUCCACAACCGAGGGCAGCUCAAGUCCCACAUGAAGGAGGCCAUGAUCAAACUGGGGUACCACCUGCUCUGCUUCUUCAUCUACUUGUAUAGCAUGAUCCUGGCUCUGAUCAACGACUGAAGAGCCCAGCAGGGUGCCAAAAUACAACUCUGCUGCCCCCCCCCCCCCCCCCUACAUCCUGCUCCUGUACUAUAUCCAUACAGUCUUUCAGAACAGCUCAGAGAAGGUUUUCUCUCACUGGUUUACUGAGCUUGAUUUGAGAUGUUAGACCUGAUUUAAUAAAAUGCAACAGUUAAUAUUUAAAAUAAACACUUCAUAACAAAAUCUCCUACAACUAGAGACGGUAUUGUGAUGGAAUCACACCAGCCUGAAGCAAAAUCCAGACUCAUGGGGUGAACAACAACUAGGCCUGUUGUGUGCAUUGAGUUGCUUUCACAUGAUUGGUGACGGACUGAUGAUGACAUACACACGUAGAUGUACCUGAUGGCUACUGAGUGUGUAUUCUGAUAUUCUGAGCUGUGGUACAUCCUGGCUGCUGGCCCUCUAUCAGCCAAACCUGACAUAAAGCAGCAGUGAUUGACUUCCUGCCCGGGCUUUAAAGACCAGCUGUUUGAAAUCAGUAGGAUGUGUAACUCCUCCCAUCAGUGUGUGAGCUGCUUAGAUGCAUGUUUAAUUUAUCUUGACAUUUUUAAGAAGAAUACUGGCGGUCUUAACUGAUAUACUUUCUGUCUCCGACUCCAUAACAAAGACAUCGUGGGCCAGUAGGGUCUCUCUGUUUGGCCUUUCAAAUAGUAACAAAGUAAAAGAAAAGGCAACAAUUUCAUCAACAGAUUAAAAAAAAAAAAAACUGGUAGGAAGAAGCCAUAGGACAACAUUGAGUUUAGGAUCCUACUCACUGGGCCUUUAAGAAGAGAUUUUAAAAGAAACUGAAUUGGUGAGUGCGUGAGAGGGAGCUUAACAAAGACAUUGCUUUAAAAUGUCCCACAGCUGAUCAGCUGACUGAAGGCCAUUCCUAAUGAUUCUCAUCAUUUGUCAUUAUUUCUGGAUGUCUCUUCAUGCUGUGCUUCAGUGUUCUGAUCUGUUGCUCCUUUUUCCUUAAUUGGCGUAAUUGGUAAAAAAUCUCAAUUUUGAAAUCAGAGAUUUAGUGUAGUAUUAAAGUGUAGAGAGAAUAGUUAUUGUUCACCAAUGAGACUGUUCUGAGACUUUAUGCAUACAGCCAGGAGCAUUACACUCCUCCCUGAUCGCCAGCUCAGCCCACACACACACACACACACACACACACACACACACACACACACACACACACACACACACACACACACACACACACACACACACACACACACACACACACACACACACACACACACACACACACACACACACACACCAUCUGAUUCAUAUUCAGUCAUAUUUAUGUAUGAGGAGCGUUGCUCUGUGUGGGUGGUCUGUGGGACGUCCCCUCACAGAGCUGGAUGCUGUCCGGUCAAGUGUUCUGUUUGGAAAGCCUGUGUGUUUCUGACGGCUGUUGUGUUAAAUCUGAGUUUCAUUUUGAAUCAUUGAAUUUGACCUCAGUCAUGCACUGAUGUAACUGACUUUGCAUUGAACGCACUGUACUGUAUGUUAAUGUUCCCUGAGCAGCGGGGUCUCACACCCUGACUGACUGUAUUAUGAAAGGGGGGGGGGGGGGGUACUGUUAGUGAACAAGUUCCUGUUUUAUUCACACAACUGUCUAUCUAUUUUUGGGGUCGGAGUGUUUCAUAAAUAAAAGUGAAAGACAAGUGUGA